AUGUUCUCAGAAUAUGCCUCCAGGUUCCUUGCUCAAUCACAGUCACGGCUCUCGAAUUUCGGCCAGCUCGACAACGACCGGCCCUCUCAACACUCGGCGGAACAACAACCAAGAGGCCCUCGCCUAGCAGGUCGCUCCUUUCUUGGCAGAGGGUAUGGUGCCGGUAACCCAUAUCAACCGAGUGGGUCACGCUUCAGCCAUCUUCUCGGCUCUCGCUACGCGUCCCGGGAUGCCCCUUUAUUCCAAGCUACCCUCGAACAGGAGGAGGAGGACGAGCAAGAGAGGGACCGGGAGGCAGCCGAUCUAUAUGCGCUACAGCGAUCGAGGCGAGUCUUCGCGGCGAGCCGCCUCGAGGACAGCACCGAAACUGAACACGAUGGCAGCCAUGCGUCUCUAGACCAGAGCCAAGAGCGGGAGAGCGACUCAUCUACAGGACGUGGUCACGGCCUGGGUAUUAGAAGCAGCUGGAACGGAUCACGGAGCUUUUACCGACGAGGGCAGAAUCGGGAGGCACUUGAAGAGUCUGGACAUCGUGAGGGGGGUGGCAAGAUGGUCGAGGUCGGGUUGGACUCACAGAUGGAAGACGACGAGCCUCCGGAAGAUCUCACUAUGGAAACACCGGCAGACAGCACACCCCCGGCGUUUCAACAGUUUAAGUCUUCCGGCAGCCCUACCCGGUUUGCUGCUCGGAGAGAGGCGACCUGGGAUUCAGAGCAGGGAGCUAGUCAGCCCCCGAGUUCUGUCGACACCAAUUUGAACUUGGCAUCGGCAAACCCGACACCAUCAGAUGGCGAGAUCUUCAAACACGACGCCUUCUUCGCAUGGAUCUACUUAAUAGCCCUCGCUGCCAUGUUGGCGACCUUCGUCCUCGUCUUCCUACAUACUUCCACCCCCAGCGGGAAUAAGCCAUGGGGCGACACGAUAUAUACGACCCUAAGGGCCUCUUUUCACCUUCUGGCCGUUGAUACCUUGGUGGCCGUGAUUGUCUCGCUAGUCUGGUUAGCAGCCCUCCGGUCGUUUGUCAGGCCACUAGUUACGUUGAUUUUCAUCGCCGUCCCGGUUAUCCUAUUCUCAUUCUCGCUCUACCCCUUCAUAUCGAGCUAUGAGGGACCGAGUGGCGGCCAGGGGUUCCAAGACCGGGUUAUGAGGUGGGCCGCCGUGGUCCCCGGCGUGGCCGCCGGUGUGUGGAUUUACCUCACCUGGAAGGGGCGGCACGCAGUUAGGAGGGCGAUUGAUAUCCUCGACUUCUCCAGCCGCGUCCUGAGUGCCAACUCUGCCUUGAUUCUCGUCGGCCUGGCAAGUUUGACAGCCGUCGUGCUGUGGACGUGGGCUUGGUUGGCCAUGUUCACCAGGGUCUUCCUCGGCGGUUACUUCUCUGCCAGGCUGGCCAGGUUCAUCAUCAGUGCGUCAAGCUGGUGGUUGGGCAUCUACUUCGUCCUCAUGUACAUUUGGACGAUAUCAAUCAUCUCGGGGCUCCAACGCGGGACGACGGCCGCGACGGUGUCACAGUGGUAUUUCCAUCGCAAUGUGGUGACAGCGCCGUCGUCGAGGGAGAUUGUCUCUGCUGCCCUGAACCACUCGGCGACCACCAUAUUUGGCUCAAUCAGCCUAUCAGCACUACUGGCGCUGGCCGUCCGCCUCCCGUUGCUGAUCCUCCCGAGGCGCCUUGCAAACAUCAUCAGCAUGUUUGCCUACUCCUUCAUCCCCACGCCCAUCGCUACGCUCACCAACCCGCUGACACUCACCUAUACCGCUAUCCAUAGUCAGACACUUGCGGCAGCGGCUAGGGGCUUGAGCACCAUGGAUUUUCUCUCUCCCCAGGCGCCCACCACUACCCUCACUCCACGGUCCUUUUCGUCGAGGCGAAGUGCUCACUCUCCUCUUCUCCCCUAUCGGCUCGCCAAACUGAUUCUCCACGCAACGCGAUUCAUCAUGGCCACGGCGUUGGGUUUUGCAGGAUGGGUUAUCACGGCACGGCAGCUCCGGGUCAAGGUCCCUGACGGGCCAGGUAUUAAGGGAAGCGCGUACGCGUACGUUGUUGGGCUGAUCGCGAGCUUCAUCGGAUGGGGCAUUCUCGGCGCGAUGGAGGGCAUCCUCAGCGGCAUCGUCGAUGCGGUCGUGAUAUGUUACGGCAGCGAGAAGCGCAUGGGCAACGGAGGGGGUGGCUAUUGCAUGGAGGCGGCAGCCCUCUUCGGCGGCGGCAGCAGCGGAGGGGACGACCGCGGCCGCGAUGAGGUUUACUGA